CUUGCAGUUGCUGGGUCUCUACGUGACGACGGUGGGAGGGGGCUGCACUUGUGAGCGCAGGAGCGGCGGAGCAGGACACUUUACAGAGGAGAGGAGCAGUGAGGGAGAGAGAGAGAGAGAGUGAGUGUGUGUGUGAGAGAGAGAGAGAGAGACGGCGGCACCCAUCCGUCAACCAGCUGGAGGAACCCACUAUAACAAACCCUUAUGGCUGCUUGAGAAAUAACCAUACACUCCCCUCUCCCCCCUUUUUCUCUCUAUCUCUGGGACUUUUUUUUUUUUUUUUUGGCUUAAAGUUGCUGCCCAAGAACUUUUUGCGCCUCCAGUUAGUUUCAAAGAGAAAAAAGUGAAGCCACUUGCCGUGGACGUCUCUGGCGGUCAUGGAUACCCAUAUAAGAUGGAAAGUUAAACGGAGGUUAAGGGACGCCCAAAUCACUUUAGCGGUGAUUCUGCUUUUUGUCACAACGCAAGCAAGUUCAGCGGAACCAGAAGACCUCUUGAAGAUUUUAGAUUUUCACAGUUUACCUGAGGGUGUUACAAAAACAACGGGUUUCUGCUCACAUAGACGGUCGACACAAGGACCUGACGUGGCUUACAGAGUAUCCAAAGAUGCCCAGCUCAGCGCUCCAACCAAACAGCUGUAUCCAGGUGAUGUGUUCCCAGAGGAUUUUUCCAUCUUGGCCACAGUGAAGCCAAAGAAGGGCAGCCAGUCCUUCCUGUUGUCCGUGUACAACGAACAGGGCAUCCAGCAGCUCGGACUGGAAGUGGGACGGUCUCCAGUGUUCCUCUACGAGGACAGCACAGGCAAACCCAGCCCAGAGGACUACCCCCUGUUCAGAGGAGUCAACCUAGCUGAUGGAAAGUGGCAUCGAGUGGCCAUCAGUGUGCACAAGCAGACCAUCACCCUCAUUCUGGACUGUAAAAAGAAGACCACCCAGAAGCUGCUCCGAAGCCCCGACCCCAUCAUCGAUACCAAAGGAAUUAUAGUAUUUGGAACUAGAAUACUUGAUGAAGAAGUCUUUGAGGGAGACAUCCAGCAACUAAUGAUUGUAGCAGACCAUCGUGCUGCCUAUGACUACUGUGAGCACUACAGCCCCGAUUGUGAAGUGCCAAUGCCCGAUCAGCCCCAGAACCAGGACCCCAACACAGAUAACGUUGACAAGGUCGAGGACAACUACUAUUAUGAAUACCCUUACUACGGUGACGUGGAUGGCAAGCCUUAUGACUCAACUGGCGAUUAUGACACAACUGACAAACAAGACACGGGAUCAGAAACCGAUGGAGACGGCGUAGUGACCAAAGUUGAGGAGGUUGUGAGAGGCAGUGCUGGUGGAAAAAUCUUGACCUCCAUCUCCACAGGCUCAUCCUCUGGCUCAUCCACUCGCUCAUCCUCUGGCUCAUCCAGUAGCUCCUCGUCAAGUUCCUCUAGUAACACCGAUGACGAUGGCGCAUACGAGGAGGAGGGGGAGGUCACUCCUUAUGAAAACUACGACAAUUAUGGCAACUACGGGUCCUACUACGACGAGUCCACAACGGCACCUGAAGGCGACAACACCCGACGCGUCACCAUCACCAGCAUUGGCACCGGGGGUGAACUGGAUUUGGGAGGAGGAGGGACAGUUGACCUCGGUACAGGGACUGUGGUUGAAAAGGUCAUCACAUCGGGAGCAGGAGCAGGAGCAGGAGCUUCAAGAAUCACCAUCAAUGAAACAUCAGUGGGAACGACCUAUGAUGACUACGAUGGAUACGAUUAUUCAGAUGGCCAUUACACCACUGGCGGAGGUGGCGGCAGCAGCAGCAGCACAGUUCACAUCGGUGGAGGUGGCGCUGGCGGCAGCAGCAGCAGCAGUACCGUUCACAUCGGUGGAGGUGGCAGCAGCAGCAGCAGCAGCAGCACACUUGACCUAGGUGGAGGUGGAAGCAGCAGCAGCAGCAGCAGCAGUUCACUUGACCUAGGUGGAGGUGGAAGCAGCAGCACAUUACACAUCAGUGGUGGUGGAGGCAGCAGUGGCGGCACAGUGCACAUUGGUGGUGGCGGUGGAAGCAGCAGCAGCAGCACAGUUCAUGUCAGUGGUGGAGGAGGUGGGAGCAGCAGCAGCAGCUCUACCGUCACCAUUGGCGGCGGGUCUGCUGGAGGCGGCUCCGUUUCCGUGGGAGGCUCUUCCAAUACUGGAGGUGGAUCACGCGGAGCUGGGGGCUCCAUCGCCACCGGAACAGGCCUGGGCACCGGGGCCGACGGCGACUACACCGAUCUGGAUGGGUUCACAGAGGAGCAUAUCACAGACUUAGAGGACUUAGACAUCUAUGAUGACUAUGCCGACUACGAACGCAAACCUCUGCCUGCUGAGACUGACGAGUAUUACGGACAGGUCGACGGAGCUCGUGGUGAGAAGGGACAGAAGGGAGAACCUGCUGUUAUUGAGCCUGGAAUGCUGGUGGAGGGUCCGCCUGGGCCUGAAGGGCCGACAGGUCUACCCGGACCCCCAGGUUCCUCUGGCUCACCAGGCAGCCCUGGAGAUUCUGGAGAGAGGGGUCCUCCUGGUCGUGCUGGUCUUCCUGGUGCUGAUGGUCUGCCAGGACCCCCUGGUACUGUCCUGAUGCUGCCUUUCAGAUUCAGCGCUGGAGGUGACUCUGGACAGAAGGGACCCGGUGUAUCAGCACAGGAGGCCCAAAUGCAAGCAAUCAUGCAGCAGGCUAGGCUGGCUAUGCGUGGUCCUACAGGUCCAAUGGGUCUGACUGGCAGAUCUGGUCCUCUGGGUCCACCUGGUGUAACAGGACUGAAGGGAGAGUCUGGAGAAUCAGGACCCCAGGGACCACGUGGACCCUUGGGAUCCCCUGGACCAGGAGGAAAGCCUGGCAGAAGGGGCCGGCCUGGAGCUGAUGGUGCCAGAGGCAUGCCAGGACAGACAGGAACUAAGGGAGACAGAGGAUUUGAUGGUCUGGCUGGACUUCCUGGUGAAAAGGGACACAGAGGUGAAUCUGGCCCAUCUGGACCUCCUGGCUCUCCCGGAGAGGAUGGAGAGAGAGGAGAUGAUGGAGAGAUCGGACCCAGGGGGCUUCCUGGUGAAUCAGGACCCCGUGGUUUGCUGGGACCAAAGGGACCUCAGGGACCUCCUGGCCCCCCUGGUGUUACUGGAAUGGAUGGACACUCCGGACCUAAAGGGAGCAUUGGUCCUCAAGGAGAACCAGGACCUCCUGGACAGCAAGGCAACCCAGGCGCCCAGGGACUUCCAGGGCCACAGGGAGCCAUCGGCGGUCCAGGAGAGAAGGGACCCACUGGAAAGCCAGGCUUGCCAGGAAUGCCAGGAGCUGAUGGUCCACCAGGUCACCCUGGAAAAGAGGGGCCUAAUGGAGAGAAAGGACACAUGGGUCCCGCUGGCCCUCAAGGACCCAUUGGUUAUCCAGGACCCCGUGGUGUGAAGGGAGCCGAUGGUGUGCGCGGUCUUAAGGGGGGAAAGGGUGAAAAGGGAGAAGACGGCUUCCCCGGCUUCAAGGGAGACAUGGGUAUCAAGGGUGACAGGGGAGAGCUCGGACCAGCAGGACCCAGAGGAGAGGACGGUCCAGAGGGACCAAAGGGUCGCUCAGGUCUCCCGGGAGAUGCCGGUCCUCUCGGCACAUCUGGUGAGAAGGGUAAACUUGGAGUUCCUGGAUUGCCAGGAUACCCAGGAAGACAAGGACCAAAGGGAUCUCAGGGUUUCCAAGGUUUCCCUGGCGCCAAUGGAGAGAAAGGAACUCGGGGAACAGCAGGAAAGCCUGGCCCACGCGGACAGAGAGGACCAACGGGUCCUCGAGGAGAGAGAGGGCCAAGAGGACCAACUGGAAAAGCUGGACCAAAGGGUAACUCAGGAAACGAUGGCCCACCAGGACCUCCCGGCGAGAGGGGGUUGCCAGGGCCUCAAGGACCAACAGGUUUCCCCGGACCAAAGGGUCCUCCCGGACCUGCAGGAAAAGACGGACUGCCAGGACAUCCUGGACAGAGAGGAGAAACUGGAUUCCAAGGCAAGAGUGGACCUCCCGGUCCUCCAGGUGUUGUGGGACCUCAGGGACCAACAGGUGAGACUGGACCAAUGGGAGAUCGGGGCCAUCCUGGACCCCCAGGCCCACCUGGUGAACAGGGUCUACCUGGAGCUGCAGGGAAAGAAGGAGCCAAGGGUGACCCUGGCCCUUCUGGCCCAGCCGGUAAGGACGGCCCUCCUGGUCCAAGAGGUUUCCCCGGAGAGAGAGGUCUACCUGGCCCUGGGGGGGCUCACGGCCUGAAGGGGAAUGAGGGUCCUCAUGGCCCACCUGGCCCUGCUGGUUCUCCUGGUGAACGUGGUCCUGCUGGCCUAGCUGGACCCACAGGUCUUCCUGGACGCCCUGGCCCUCAGGGACCUCCAGGCCCUGCCGGAGAGAAAGGCGGACCGGGAGAGAAAGGACCUCAAGGCCCAGCUGGAAGAGACGGUAUUCAGGGACCCGUUGGUCUGCCAGGACCUGGAGGACCUCCUGGACCACCUGGAGAGGAUGGUGACAAGGGAGAGCUUGGAGAACCAGGCCAGAAAGGAAGCAAGGGAGACAAAGGAGAACAUGGUCCACCUGGUCCUACUGGUCCUCAAGGACCUGUUGGAGCUCCUGGUCCUGCUGGUGCAGAUGGAGAGCCAGGUCCCAGGGGUCAGCAGGGUCUGUUCGGACAGAAGGGAGAUGAAGGCUCAAGAGGAUUCCCCGGACCUCCAGGCCCAGUUGGGCUACAGGGUUUGCCUGGACCACCUGGUGAGAAAGGUGAAACUGGAGACGUUGGUCAAAUGGGUCCACCUGGCCCCCCUGGUCCCAGAGGACCCUCUGGACCCCCUGGAGCUGAUGGCCCUCAGGGACCUCCUGGUGGUAUUGGAAACCCUGGUGCUGUUGGAGAAAAGGGAGAUGCUGGUGAGACCGGAGAGCCAGGUCCUCAGGGAGAACUCGGACCUCCAGGCCCAAGAGGAGAACGAGGUGAAAAGGGAGAGUCUGGCCCAGCCGGUACUGCUGGACCUCCUGGUCCUAAGGGUCCCCCUGGAGAUGAUGGUCCUAAAGGCAGCCCGGGUCCAAGUGGUUUCCCUGGUGACCCUGGUCCUCCUGGCGAGCCUGGUCCUGCUGGGUUAGAUGGUCCAUCUGGUGAUAAGGGAGAUGAUGGAGAGCCUGGUCAGCCUGGUUCACCUGGACCCACUGGAGAGUCCGGUCCCCCCGGACCACCUGGAAAGAGAGGCCCUCUUGGAGCAGCAGGCCCUGAGGGAAGACAAGGAGAGAAGGGAGCCAAGGGAGAGUCUGGCUUGGAAGGUUCCCAAGGAAAAACUGGUCCCGUUGGCCCUCAAGGAUCACCUGGAAAGCCUGGUUCUGAAGGUCUCAGGGGCAUCCCUGGCCCAGUUGGUGAGCAAGGUCUACCUGGUUCUCCAGGCCCAGAUGGACCUCCUGGACCUAUGGGCCCUCCUGGUUUACCUGGUUUGAAAGGAGACUCUGGUGUCAAAGGAGAAAAGGGUCAUCCAGGUCUUAUUGGUCUCAUCGGGCCCCCGGGUGAACAGGGAGAAAAGGGCGACAGGGGUCUGCCUGGUCCUUCAGGAUCGUCCGGUCUCAAAGGAGACAACGGUAUUGCUGGUCCCUCAGGUCCACUCGGGCCUGUUGGUCCUCCUGGAUUACCUGGUCCUCCUGGUCCCAAAGGUGCUAAAGGGUCAUCGGGUCAAACUGGACCAAAGGGAGAGACUGGUACACCUGGACCUCCUGGCCUUCCUGGUCCUCCUGGCGAUGUCAUCCAUCCACUCCCCAUGCAGGCGUCCAUGAAGGGCAGAACGCGUAGGAACAUUGACGCCAGCCAGAUGAUGGAUGACGCCGCUGUGGAUGCCAACUACAAGGACUACGACGAUGGCAUGGAGGAAAUCUUUGGCUCGCUCAACUCGCUGAAAUUGGAGAUUGAGCAGAUGAAGCACCCACUGGGCACACAGAUGAACCCUGCACGUACCUGCAAGGACCUGCAGCUCUGCCACCCUGAUUUCCCAGAUGGUGAAUACUGGGUCGAUCCAAACCAGGGCUGCUCACGGGAUUCAUUCAAGGUUUACUGCAACUUUACAGCAGGUGGCGAGAGCUGCAUCUUCCCAGAUAAGAAGUCUGAAGGGAGCAAAAUGGCAAAAUGGCCGAAAGACUCGCCAGGCACAUGGUAUAGUCACUUCAAGAGAGGUUCCCUGCUCUCCUACGUCGACGCCGAGGGCAACCCGAUCGGUGUGGUGCAGAUGACGUUCCUGCGAUUGCUGAGUGCGGCGGCCAGACAGAACAUCACGUACAACUGCUACCAGUCGGUGGCCUGGCACGACCAGGACCAGGACAGCUACGACAAGGCCAUCCGCUUCCUGGGCUCCAACGAUGAGGAGAUGUCGUACGACAACAAUCCCUACAUCCGCGCCGUGGCCGACGGCUGUGCGCUGAAAAAGGGCUACGGGAAGACGGUACUUGAGAUCAACACACCAAAGGUGGAACAGGUGCCAUUUGUGGACCUCAUGUUCAACGACUUUGGCGGUUCCACGCAGAAGUUUGGGUUCGAAGUGGGCCCCGUCUGUUUCCUUGGCUAAGACUUUUUUACUGAGCAAAUGGAGAAAGAAAAAAAAGCGUUUUUUUUUUUUUUUGUUUUCUCUGAAUAAUUGAGAGAGAAUAGGACAAUUCUGUUUGUAAAAAAUACAGCAACUUUUUUUUUCCAUAAAGCAACAAGUAUGAGUAAAAUGAAAUCAAGUUGAGAACACAGUGAAAUUCUUUAGGAAUAGAGGAAAAAAAAACGAAAUAACCUCAGUGUGCCUUCUCCAUCACAUGCAAGUUUUGAAACUGGAUGUCAGAUCCAAACUUCCAAUCCUACACAACACACUCCCACCCACACACCUAUCACCAUGUCAUCUGACUCGACUUAGACUCUCCCAUCCAAAACCACGAAGGCGAUCCUGAGAACUGCAGCCAUUCCAGGCGGUCAGUUUUUGUCACGGACUCCCAUCUGAUUGGGCUCUUUUUUCCUCUUUGGUUCUGAUCUCACGUUUUUCCUUCAUCUCUCUGGCUUUUUCCACUCUCCAGUCUUUUGUUGGGUUGUUUGCUCGUCCACUACCGGAGCUCUGUGUGUGCAUACUUGUCCCUGUCCCCUCCUCCCAUUCUCCUGGAAUGGAUCUUAUAUAUAUAUAUAUAUAUAUAAAUAUAUAAAAAUAAUUUUUAUGUUUGUAAGUACAUUCUGUAUAUUUUUCCUGAUAUUGUUUAUUGCUUUCUGGCUUCAAAACAUGCAUGUGACUUAAUGAUUUGUGAGGUAAGAGAUGAUACAGGGAUAACAAACCAAAUUGUAAGAAGAAGUGAGGAAAUUUGACUUGUAAAUUGAAAGAGGAAAAAAAAAAAAACUAAAUUGGGAAGUCCUGUCUUGUUGCAGUUGUGGAGCACAUCUUGUUGUAAUUUAAAAACGGAAUGGAAAUAAAAGACAAAAAAACAAGCUCUGAUAUUAUGUGACAGAUGAUUUGCAUAACAGACAAAAAUACAUUCCUCUUUUUGUGCCCUCCGAACAAAAAACACCUACUUUUGGUGGCAAAAAUCAUUAACUUAAUAAAAACAGCUUUUUUUUCUCUUCCUGAACUAUCUAACUAUGCAAUGGGAGCUGUCACAUUAUUAUUAUUAUUAUAAUAAUUAUUAUUUUUUAAAUGAAAACAAUCAAAACCCUGGUGCUAUUUUUUCCUCUCUUCUGUGGUGCUAUGUAUUUUUCUAGUUUGUGUUUGAAUGAAAGGAGAUUUGUGGUAGUAAUACUCCGUCACCAGCAGCCCCGCCCCCGCCCCCCCCUUGUCUCUCCUCUUGUCUAACCACCAUAUCAGAUGCAGGUGGAUCUUGUGCUGCAUCCGUUAUGUUUUUUUUUGAAUGUCCAGCAGGGUGGACAUGUUUGCAUGCCGUUUCCUUACACAUCCACUCGCAGAUCUCAGCAGCAUGGCGACAAACUUAAUUAAACUGGGUUUUCUUUCAGGCGAGAGACGUGUGUGUGUGUGUGUGUGUGUGUGACUCUUGUACCAAAAUGUUGGGAUAAAAAGGAAAAAACUGAGGCCGGUGCUGUUGGCUUUGCAUAUCAUUGCUCUAAGACGCUGCUUUUUUUUUUUGGCUCUUGCCGUUGGAUCACCUGUGCCGCAUCGAACUGAUGGAGUUAAGGAAUGGGUUCCAGUCCAGUGUCAUGUUUGGUGUAUGAAACCUUUUGAUCCCUUCCAUGUUAUCACACUUUUUUAGCUUUCAGAGGCUUCUUUUUUUUCUUUUUGUGUCCACUGUAGAGGCAGGUAAUCAAAUUAGCCAGAUUUAAGAGUUUGCUCAUGCAGUGUCAAAAAAAAAAAAUAAAUGGCUUGUUGGUCUAGUAUUUUUGCCCGGUAUUGUAAUUAUGCUCUUUGUUCAAACUAUGCACUCUCUAUGCUUAUGACCACUAGUAUCUACCACAGAAUUUUUACAGCCCUUCAUACAUUGAUUUCUCUUGUUGCCUUUUUUUUUUUUUUAAUUUUAAAUCUUCAAAUAUGUGACUUGAACCAUUUCUUUUAAGAUAACUUCAAUAUGCUUGUAGAUCUUUGGCUUGAUUUGUCAUUGUGAUGCAGUUCACCCAAAUUUAACACCUUGCUCUCAAAGUAGGAAACAAUUUUUUGUACAUUUCCAGAACCAGCAGUAAUGCUGCCAUUGUUGUUUUCUUUUUUUUGUAGAUUGUCCGUUUGUCUGUUUUGUUUUCACAGUUUUGUCAAACCUGUGUAAGGAUAAGAGGAUAGAAGAUAUAUUGGUUUUUAUGUCAAUAAAUUCAAGUUUACUGUG